AGUGUCUGGCAGCACUGUGUUCCUGUUAGAGCCACCAGCACAAGCACCAGACGAUGCUGAUCCAGGUGAAGGCCCCAGUGCAGCAGCAACAGCACAUGAUGGAGACGAUGAUGAGGAGGAGACCAUCUCUCUGGAUUCCAGAAGGCAUGAGGACCCAGAUGCUAUACAGUGGGAACCAGCCUGGAAACAUAGUGCGUAUUAAUAAAAGGACACCACAUCCUGCCAAAUUCCAGCUGCGCUAAUUGUAUUGUGUUCACAGAGCUCACAAGCUAUCAGAAAGUUGUAUGGCAACCACCUCCGGCGCCAAAUAGAACUGGCAGACAUAGACAUUCAGUACAAGAAGAAAAAGAUGGAAAAUCUUGCACUGGAGUCCGAAAUAAAAAAGAGGACAAUUAGGAAACUGGACCUUGAAAUAAAAAAACUUGAGAGGGAGCUCCAAGAAGAUGACACAGCUCAAAAUAAAAAUUAGCAAUCAGUACAACCAAGUCAUCGUUAUAAGGCAUCGCCCUCUUUUGCCCACCCCCCAGCACCAGGUGUGGCCACUAGCCUAUAUGAAGGCCCAAAAUUGUGUGUUCCUUUCUGCUCUGACAAUGGCAUGCCCAUUCGUGCGAGAUGUGGUGGAUGAAGAAGCACUUGUGCUGAGGAGAGCCUUCAGGCGAGAAAGGGUCUUCAGGGACCGGUUGGACCCACUGGCCUUCCCUGAUGACCAUCUAUAUGAAAGAUACAGGUUUUCUGCAGAUGGCAUCAGGUAUCUAUGCAGACUACUGGGUCCCAGGAUUAAGCACCGCACUGCACGGAGCCAUGCACUGAGUGUGGAGCAAAUGGUUUGUGUGGCCUUGCGCUUUUUUGCUAGUGGAGCCUUCCUGUACUCAGUGGGAGAUGCAGAAAAGCUGAACAAGGCCACAAUUUGCCGCACAAUAAGGAGUGUGUGUCUGGCUAUCAAAGCAUUAGCAGAUGUCUUCAUCUCCUUCCCUGGCCACAGAAGACUCUGUGACAUCAAAGAGGAGUUCUAUAGGAUUGCAGAUGGUCUGCAAUGCUGACUGUGUGAUCAGCAAUGUUGUGGCAAAAUGGCCUGGCUCAGUCCAUGACUCCAGAAUCUUUCGGGCCUCUGAAAUCUAUCAGUGCCUAUCACAAGGUGAAUUCUCUGGUGUGUUGCUGGGAGACAGGGGGUAUGGCUGCCAGCCUUUUCUCCUGACACCUUUCACGGACCCCCAGGAAGCACAGCAGGCCUACAACCAUGCCCAUGCCAGGACCAGGGCCAGAGUUGAAAUGACCUUUGGCCUCCUGAAGGCACGCUUUCACUGCCUUCACAAAUUAAGGGUCAGCCCUGUUAGGGCAUGUGAUAUUACUGUGGCUUGUGCUGUCCUCCACAAUGUGGCCUGCCUGAGGAAGGAGAGGGCCCCCAGAGUGCCACCAGCCAUGGACUGGGACAAUCCGGCAAUCUUCCCUGAUGACGACAGUGGUCGGCUGCUGAGGGACCAAUAUGUGUUGAAUUAUUUUAGUUAGUAUGUGUGCUUUCAAUUUUGGUUAAAUAUGUCCUGCGAUGGCAGAGGAAUUUGGGUUUUUUUGGGUUCGUUUUUUGACGAAUUUGGCCUCUUAUGAUGUUUGUGCGGUAUACUGUGUGUAAUACAAGGCUGCAGGGAGGCUACUGCAUCCAUUCAUUUGUCUGUUCAGUUGAUGUGUAUGGAUUUGUCCUGCAUUUAUUUUAGUGUGCAGACAUGCAGGGUGUGUUAUAUACAGACCUUUGAAUGUGUAUGUAUCAUUUUGUAUAAUAUGCUUGGAUUCUGUGCUUUCCAUCUUGUAGAGUCACUGUGACUUCAGUUUCGAAAGGAGCUGAUGGUUUACCUGCUUUGUUUUGUCCUUAUUCAAUAAAGGAACAUAAUGUUA